UCUGAGUAAAAGCUACAUAACAAGCCUAUACUACUCUCACAACCAUAUUUCGUUUACGUUUUCAACCAACGAAAUAAAUAUAUACAUAUAACUAACUGUAGUCACGUGUUUCGCGGAGUGUUAAUUGUCAAAGUUAUCAUUAUCUAUUUAAAUAAAGAUGGCCGCCACAGUAAACCACGUGUUCGAGUACGAGAACGAGUUGAACGACAAUCUAUACAACUUGAAGAUGUCUGGAAACAAUAAAAACAACAAUAACAGCAAAAACAAAAGCGCAACCCGUACGGUGAGAAAAUUAUUGAAACCUUUACUACGUUUGCUGAAGAAGAAGAGCUACAAAUUCGCCAAGAGUAGCAGUCAGAAAGCAGAGCCACAAGCUGAAAUAUUCACUGAAGAGGUCGACAAUCAAAACAACAGCAACGAGGCAUUGGAGCAGCGAUUGCUAGCUGAUUUGGCAAAUGCUGAAGAAGGUGCAGCCAUCACAGUGUGCCUCGAUGGUCAAAUGACAGUUGUGCCUGUGGUUCCUGGACAGUGCUACGUACCAGUUCACUUUGCACACACAUGUGCUGGUGACUUUUACUGGACAACAAUUUCACUGGGUGACAGUGAUCUCUGCUACAAAGAACGUGCCUUCUCGCAGAACCAAUUGCCUGAGAUGCAAGUUGCUUGAACGGUAUGUACCACAACUUAUAUGGCUAUGAGUGCUGCCAUCAAUAUCUACCUCAACAUUUACAUCCAUGGAUGGACUUUGUGGAUGGUUAUAUAAAACAACUUCAAAGGACGCUUCGAACGCUGAGACACAACCGGUUCACGGGGAACUAAUUUCGAGAUUUGGUCUUUAUUCAGAGCAAGGCCAAUGCAAGUGUCAUUCACCAGCGGUCAACGACAUAAUCUGUCAACUACACCUGAUAUUAAUUAUUAGUAAUAAGAUAAUUUUUAA